UGUUAAUCUUCGGAAAAUCCGAAGUCGAAGGCGAACCAAUAUUUUCAUUGUAGUGUUGAAUUACAUUUGAUAAGCUAGUAAUUAAUUUUAAAUAUCCCAAGUGUUGUGAAAAAUUGAAAAUAUAUUUGUGUACAAAUGUCGUCGUAAAUAAUUACGCGAUAUAUUCAACUAAACGUUACGUGUGGUGAAAAGAAUUUCUUCCUAUGCAUUAAGAAAUCGUCUUUUGUUUUUCUCCUUAUUUUGACGUUUGGGCAGUGAACAGAGAAGUGAAUCAUUUUCCCCCAAGCCAUAUAAGUUUUUAUAUUUGAUUUCAAAGAGACUUUUCGAAGGAAAACCAAUAAAAUUAUCAAACCACUGAAAAUGGAGGCUGUGGCCAAACAUGAAUUUAAUGCAACAGCUGAUGAUGAGUUAAGUUUCAGGAAAGGACAAGUACUCAAGGUAUUGAAUAUGGAGGAUGAUAUGAACUGGUACAGAGCAGAGUUAGAUGGACGCGAGGGAUUAAUUCCUAGUAAUUAUAUUGAAAUGAAACCCCACGAAUGGUACUACGGAAAAAUUUCUAGAGCGGAUGCGGAAAAACUACUGUUAAAUAAACACGAGGGAGCAUUUUUGAUAAGAAUUAGUGAGUCUAGUCCAGGAGACUUUUCAUUAUCAGUAAAAUGUGCAGAUGGUGUGCAACAUUUUAAAGUCCUGCGCGAUGCCCAAGGAAAAUUCUUUUUAUGGGUGGUUAAAUUUAAUUCACUGAACGAACUCGUCGAAUACCAUAGAACGUCUUCAGUGUCGAGGUCGCAAGACGUAAAACUGAGAGAUAUGGUUGUAGAAGAAUAUUUAGUACAAGCAUUGUACGAUUUUACGCCACAAGAGGUUGGAGAAUUAGAAUUUAACAGAGGCGAUGUUAUCACCGUUACAGACCGUUCUGAUCAACAUUGGUGGCAUGGAGAAAUAGGACAUCGCCGAGGCCUCUUUCCUGCCACGUACGUUACGUCCUAUCACACGUAAAUACAAGUAAACGAUGUCAAGUUUACAGUUAACAAAAUACGCACCAUACGAGAACUACAUUAUUUGGUAGACCCGUCACAAUUAAACCAAUUAUUAAAAUCGAAAUUAAGAAAAACUUGACUAUACAAAACAUUUUUUUUUGUAUUUGCCAUUUAAAGAAGCAUGUUCUUCGAUAUUUUAAUUUGUUUUUGUAAUUUGUAUGUAAUGAAAGUGUUAGGAAGUGUCUUAUUAAAACCAUAUAUUUUAUUUGAUUGAUUACUGUUACUGGUAUGUAUUUUUAUAUUAAGUAAGUUUUGAAAUUUAUAUGUUUUUCGUUAGAAGUGAAAAUGUUUUUCUUUUAAUUUUACUUAAUACAUUGUAUCCUGUGAGAUAGAUGAGUGAACAAAUUGGUUUCAUGCACACUAUAGUAUGUUCAACGGGAGGAUCCCUUUCGUUGACAGUUGUGCCUAUCAUUUUAAUUCACAGGCAAAUUGCAUUUCCUGUCAUUUUUUCCCCGACUCGUUGGACAGACUAUAGUAGUUGAUUGAUGGUAAUGAUUUUUUUUUAAUUGCUCACUCACGAUAUUAUAAUUAUAACUUGGCAGAGAUUUAUUUUAGCUCAAACUGUGUUUUUGAAAUUAGAAAGAUUUUGUAUAAAAUAUUUCAAUAGUAAGAGUAGGUCGAGGAUCUUAAUUUUAAGUAUUUUCUUCAUAUACAGGGUGGUACUAUUUUUAAUGGAAAACUUUAAUAGAUCAUAAUAUGAAGCUAUAUUUAGCUUCAUUAUUGAGCUGAAAACUUUUUUUUAAUAUCUAUUUUUUCUCAUUUUAAUCAGACCACCCUAUAUAUUUAUAUAUAAAUACUUUUAUGCAAUGUUAUAUUAACUUUCCAGUUGUAUCAACAAACAUUUUUAGAAAUCUUAUUGGAUAGUUUUUCUUUGUUAAGCAAAAAUUUACGUUUACUAGUACCAUACGAUCGAAAAAUGACUUAGUUGAUUUUGAAUGAAGAUCAGUCAUUUUAUACCGAGUGUUGCAUCGUCCUUGGAAACAUAGGAAAUCACAUGCAAAUUUUGAACUGUCCAAAUAUUGGCUCCCCUAUUAAUUUUACAGCUAUGUCGUAAAUAUAUUUUUUAAAGGUCUGCCUAUGAUGUAGCCUAUUUCUUAUGCCAAAUUUGAACAAUUUUGGUCAACCGGUUUUAAGUAAUGUAAGAAAAACUGCGUCUAUUUUUAAAUUAAAACUAAACAGGUAACAAUGCAGAACCAGUCAAUGGUCAACAUACCUUAAGUCGUCAAUCUAUGAUUUUAUAAUUGUCAAAUGUAACUUAUUGUGCCGUCUACGCUACUACAUUAUAGUACCUACGCUUAGUGCCCCCGAAAUGUGUUUUUGUAUUUUAAAACUGGUUCGAAUGAGGUAAAAGCCUAAUGUUUAGAAGAAUACAAUUUGACAUUGACAAAAUUAUAGGAUGGCAACUUGAGGUAUUCAGUUUUAAUUUAAAACCAGAUGCAGUUUUUCUUAAAUUACUUAAAAUCGGCUUGUCCAAAAUUGUUUAAAUUUGGAUAGGUUAGGUUAGUGUUAUGCUGAACACACAUUCAGCAUACACAGACCUUUAAAAAGUCUGUUUACAACUUUGCUGUAAAAUUAACAGGAGAGCCAAUAUCUGGACAAUUCAAAAUUUGCAUAAGAUAUCCAAGUUUCCAACGACGAUGAAACCAAUGACCUAACCACCCGGUAUUUAUAAUUAUAUGAGGAAUAUCAUCGAUCGUCAUUUUGAACCAACUUUACGCCGAUUAUUUUAGUUCUUUCAUAUGGUAUACACUACACAACUAUAGUCUGUCCAACGAGAGGAUACGUGACAGUGACAGUUGUCACAGGUAAAUAGUAUUUUCUGUCAUUUUUUCAAUAUCGUCUGUUGAAAUAUUUCCUGAAUCGUUGGGCUGACUCUACUUCUGCGGUAGUAUGAAUUUCAGUGACUCGCAGAUACCACCUAUGAGCAUGUAAACAUACUUGUAUGCAUCUUGUACUUGCUAGUUGACAUGUACACAAACCACUUGUGGGAAAAGUAGGCUUUAUUAAAAGAUAGCAUGAUUUAUAUUAUGAAUUAUUAGCAAUUUUAUAUGAUAAGUUAUUCAGUAGAUGGAUUGGUUCUGAAUAAUUUUGGUGCUAUUUUUUUCAUGAUGUAAACUUUAUUGAAUCAAUAUUUUCAGAAUAUGCUGAUUGAAACGUUCCCAUUAUCAAUAAUGAUUAUAUUGAUAUCCGUAUAAAAUAGUCAUUAUAGAUAAUAUCAAUAUUUCAUUACAUUGCCCAAUAUUCUCGGAUAUUAUUUAGCAUUAUUUUGUUAUUUUUCUUUAUUGAUUAUUUUACAGAUCAUAUUUAUAAAUAAUGAAUCAAGAAUACAUAUAAUUUUUAGUAUAGAGUGAUAUAAAUUCUAGCAGUUUGGUCAACCAUUUUUGUUGCCAUAGAGUUCCAUAGUUUAGUAAGAAUAAAAAAUAAAUUUAAAUUGCUCGUUUUUAUUUGGAUAUUUUGUAAAAAAUUUAAUUUGUUUUUUAAUCUUACUAAUGAUGUGUUAAAUAAGUAAGCUUUUACCACUUUAGAUAUAUAAAAGAUGUGUUUCAAAAAGUUGGAAAUUUGCUCUAAUAUUUAUCAAUGACCUAUAAAUAUUCAAUUUUACUUUAUCAUCCUCACUAAUGGAGUAGGAAAAAUCUGAUUUUUUGAGGCUGUAAAUAGAUUUUAGCAAAAUAUAAUUAAGGUACUGCCUGAAAACGCAACACCAAAAGUAAACAAAUUUAAGCUACCUAUUUAAAAAUGUCAGUAUAUUUAAUUCGUUUUCUGUUGUUUCUAUAACACAAAUUUAAAAUGGUAUAGCUUUUUUAUUUUUUAUUUAAAAUUGUAUAUACUAACGUAGGAUAUAAAUUUUAUCGCAGAUUUAAGUGCAAAAUAUUUAGAUAUAAAUAUAUGUUAUAAGCUGUA